AUGUCCUCCGCCGUCGUCCACAGCGACGACCUCGACAUGGAGCCUACGCUCCAGUCGAUCCUCAACCAGAACACUCUCCGCUGGAUCUUCGUCGGAGGCAAAGGAGGUGUCGGCAAGACCACCACCUCGUGCUCGCUGGCCAUCCAACUCGCCAAAGUCCGCAAAUCCGUCCUUCUCAUCUCGACUGACCCCGCGCACAACCUGAGCGAUGCCUUCGGCCAGAAGUUCGGCAAAGAGGCCCGCCUGAUCGACGGUUACAGCAACCUCAGCGCCAUGGAAAUUGACCCCAACGGCAGCAUCCAGGAUCUCCUGGCCAAUGGCGAUGGACAGGAAGAUCCCAUGGCUGGAAUGGGCAUGGGAAACAUGAUGCAGGACCUCGCGUUCAGCAUUCCCGGCGUUGACGAAGCCAUGUCGUUUGCCGAAGUCCUCAAGCAGGUCAAGUCGCUCUCGUACGAGGUGAUCGUCUUCGAUACCGCCCCGACCGGCCACACGCUGCGCUUCCUGCAGUUCCCUACCGUGCUCGAGAAGGCACUGGCCAAGCUCUCGCAGUUGUCAUCGCAAUUCGGCCCGAUGCUAAACUCGAUCCUCGGUGCGCGCGGUGGCCUUCCCGGCGGUCAAAACAUGGAUGAGCUGCUUCAAAAGAUGGAGUCGCUGCGGGAGACUAUUGGCGAGGUCAACACCCAGUUUAAGAAUCCGGAUAUGACCACUUUCGUGUGUGUCUGUAUUGCGGAGUUCCUGUCGCUGUACGAGACUGAGCGCAUGAUCCAGGAAUUGACUAGCUAUGGUAUUGAUACCCACUCCAUUGUUGUCAACCAGCUGCUGUUCCCCAAGGAGGGAAGCGGCUGUGAGCAGUGCAAUGCGCGGAGGAAGAUGCAGAAGAAGUACCUCGAGCAGAUCGAGGAGCUGUACGAGGACUUCAACGUGGUCCGCAUGCCUCUAUUGGUCGAGGAGGUCCGUGGAAAGGAGAAGCUGGAGAAGUUCAGCAACAUGCUGGUACAGCCCUAUGUCCCUCCGCAAUAG